AUGAACAGCAGCGGACCCUCCCCGCCGGUGGUGGUGGGGCUGGGUGGACGGGUGCUCCGCUAUCAGGCCCUGUCCUACUGGGGAUUAAAACACGCAAAAGGCGGGGCCCUGGAGGCUUCGGGUGAUCAAGUGAUACGAGAAGACAGCAGUGUGAUGGCUGAGCGCUGCACCAGGCCGCGCGCGUGCCCCUUGUUUUCCGUAGCCGACCCCCAGCCCUUUUAUAAACAAGUUAUCUUGGUAACAAAGGAUGCGGCGCGGGCAGGAAGGAAGGUCGGGGAGCGCCCGCAGCGCCGGGGGAAACACAUCGCGCCUGGCCGUCCUUUCCUGGGGAGCCGGGUCUGGCCUCGAGGGCGUCACGUGGGCCGACGGGGCGGUCCGGCCGCGCCUUGCGUUUCGCUGGCCCGGCAGGGAGGGAGGGUCCCGCGCACCGUCCGCGAGGCGGGGUCCGGCUCCGACGGGAGGCCCCGAGUCGUGCUGCGCUUGCGGGUCUCGCCCCAAGACUCCGGGGGAGGAGGAGGCGACACGCUCGGUGGGGUUCAUGGAAUUCGAUUUAAGUGA